GCAGCGCGGCACAGGCAGGGAGCAGGCAGGGAGCCGAGGGUGUGUUGCCUCUAAGCUGGGUAUUCUGGCAAGGUGGAGAGCUGGUCUGUUUGGCAGGACCUUCCCAUCUGGGAUCCAUCUGUGUUUCCCUGGAAUCGGACAGGCGGCUCCAGGCAGUGAGAAAUCGCAGAUGUGCGGGACCUGACACAUGUCCAGCUAAUGAAAGGAGAAGGCAGGCUGGGCUCCGGCUGCGCUCGAAGAUCACGAGCGGAGGAGGAGGAGGAGGAGGAAGAGCGCUUUUCUUUCUGUUUCAAAGAAACUAGGUGUAUUCAACAGCAGCUGGAUCCUUGCAACCUCGCCGGUUAGGUUGCUGGUGAGAAGAGGGUGCCAGUGAUGCCCGGCUCGCCCGUGGAAGUGAAGAUCCAGUCCAGGUCCUCUCCUCCCAACAUGCCGCCGCUGCCCCCCGUGAACCCCGGCGGACCCCGGCCCGUGUCCUUCACUCCGACUGCACUGCCCAACGGAAUCAACCAUUCCCCCCCGACGCUGAAUGGAGCACCAUCCCCGCCCCAGAGGUUCAGCAACGGCCCUUCCUCCUCCUCCUCCUCCUCGCUGACAAACCAGCAGCUCCCAGCCACGUGUGGUGCCCGGCAGCUCAGCAAGCUGAAGCGCUUCCUCACCACCCUGCAGCAGUUUGGCAACGACAUCUCACCGGAGAUCGGGGAGAAGGUCCGGACCCUCGUCCUGGCACUGGUGAACUCGACGGUGACAAUUGAGGAGUUUCACUGCAAGCUGCAAGAGGCGACCAACUUCCCCCUGCGGCCGUUUGUGAUCCCCUUUCUGAAGGCCAACCUCCCGCUGCUGCAGCGGGAGCUGCUGCACUGUGCCCGCGCUGCCAAGCAGACACCUUCCCAGUACCUGGCACAGCACGAGCACAUCCUGCUCAACACCAACACCACGUCCCCCGCCGACUCCUCCGAGCUGCUCAUCGAGGUGAACGGCAAUGGGAAGAGGCACAGUCCAGACAGGAGGGAAGACAGCAGCUUUGAGAGGGAACCACUGCCGACAGAGCCCCCGGCCAAGAGGGUGUGCACCAUCAGCCCCGCGCCCCGGCACAGCCCUGCCCUCACCAUCCCCCUGAUGAACCCCAGCGGGCAGUUCCACCCCACCCCGCCACCCCUCCAGCACUACACCUUGGAAGAUAUCGCCACCUCCCACCUCUACAGGGACCCCAGCAAGAUGUUGGAGCACAGAGAGAUCCGGGACAGGCACGGAGGGCUUGGUUUGAAUGGAGGGUACCAGGACGAGCUGGUGGAUCACCGCUUAACAGAGAGGGAAUGGGCUGACGAGUGGAAGCAUCUCGAUCACGCGCUGAACUGCAUCAUGGAGAUGGUGGAGAAGACGCGGCGCUCCAUGGCCGUGCUGCGGCGCUGCCAGGAGGCCGACCGGGAGGAGCUCAACUACUGGAAGCGGCGCUGCAGCGAGACGGCGGAGCCGCGCAAGGCGGGCGCGGAGCUGCUCUCCCGGCACAGCCCCGGCAGCUCCGACUCCGUGGGCAGCGAUUCACUGCGGGAGUUCAGCAGCAGGUCGGGAACGGGCUACGUCACUGAGGAGAUUUGGAAAAAAGCUGAAGAAGCUGUGAACGAGGUGAAGCGCCAGGCCAUGUCGGAGGUGCAGAAGGCGGUGGCGGAGGCGGAGCAGAAGGCGUUCGAGAUGAUCGCCUCGGAGCGGGCGCGCAUGGAGCAGACCAUCGCCGACGCCAAGCGCCAGGCCACCGAGGACGCCUUCCUGGUGAUCAACGAGCAGGAGGAGUCCACGGAGAGCUGCUGGAACUGCGGUCGCAAGGCCAGCGAGACGUGCAGCGGCUGCAACAUCGCCCGGUACUGCGGCUCCUUCUGCCAGCACAAGGACUGGGAGAGGCACCACCGGAUCUGUGGCCAAGGCCUGCAUGGCCAGAGCAAGCCCCUGGCUCUGCCCACGGGCCGGGUGGCAGCAGGUGCCAAGAGCCUCGACGGCGUCCCCAGCCCGGCCCUUGAGAAGACUUCGGCGACCACCUCCCGCUCCUCCACCCCAGCGUCUGUGACAGCAAUAGAUACAAACGGGCUCUAGGAGGGAGGUGUUGGCUCUCUCUAUUUGAUUAGUUUCCCGAGUUUUUUUAAGCUGAAAAGAAACCCCACAACAACUGUUAUCACUUGACACGUUUGACCCAUCGCGCCGUCUCCUCGGAGCGCUGACACUCUGGCUUUGCCAUCUCAUCCUGCCUUUUCCUUUGUGGCUCAUGUACUGGGACAAGCCUUGCCCACAGCAGCUCCCUGCCCCUCUCUGGGGGGGCACCAGAGCAUCGUCAGGACCUGGGGAACAUUGGGCACCCACUUGGGGGACCUGGACUGUGGGAGAGUGCUGGCACACACGGGAGAUGCUGAGCGUGUGGUGCCCAAGUAGGGAGCCCCAUCCUUGUGGUGUGCUCAGGCUUCCCGAGGUGUCUGAGCUGUCUCCUUCAACCACCUUUCUUCCAUAAUAUCCCUGUUUUUUUCCUUACUCCCAGCAGUGGUGCCUCAGGUGGCCGUGCCAGCCGGUUGUUGCUGUGAACAGACCGGAGCCGAUUCCCCAGCAGGAGCAUCCCAUCCUCUAGUGCCGUGGCAAAAGCUGAGCCCGCUGCUUCUGCCUGCAGCUUGGCAUCUGAUGGCUGCAGAGGGGGAGGAGAGGAUUUGUCUGCUUUAAACCGAAUGUCAGUGCUGGGGAAGUACUGUGGGAUGGCCUGGAUUUCAUCCCGUUCUGUGGUGGGACAGACGGUUUUGUGCUUCCUGGGUGGGACCUGUGCUGAGGUAACACGUGCAGAGCAGAUCUGGGUUGGGAGCAGCUGCCCUUUCCACCUGGGGGCUGUUUGGGUGUGCAGAAAGCGUUGGGUUUUUUUCACUGUUGGUUUGUGAGUUCCUGCCGUUGUUUUUGAGCCCAGGGAUCCUCACGGGGUGCAAGGGGGUGAUUUACAGCCUGUGCUCUCUGCACACAUCGGCCAAACUGCUAAAAGACAGGCAGGACUUGGUGUCCUGUGUCACUUCUCCCCCCCAACCCUGGGAGUCUCCUGUGAUGCUGCAUCGGGAGAUGCCCAGGAUCUGCCUCGUCCAGCCUUUGGAGACCAUCCCAAAAAUACAGGCUGAGAGCGAGGGGAUGCUGUGAUCAGCCUGGGGAGAUCUGUCACUUGGAGGUUCCCUGCUGUGGAGUGGAAGGAGGGAUUGGAGGGAUUCAGGGCAAUGAUUGACACAGACCUGCAGCAGGGCUGUCCCAGGGCACAGCAGGGCUGCUCUUGGAUGCCUCACAGAGGUCAGCAGUGGUGCAGCCCAUGGGAGGGACGGGCAUGUGCCCUCUGGGAGCUGCUCCAAAUUCCCACAGUAGCGCAAACAGGCUCUGGAAAUCCACCUAUUCAGCAAAGCCGUGUUUCCGUGACUGUGUGUGUGCAAUUGCUGGGCUGGAGCCCAAUGAGGCGAGUAAUUCCCAAAUUAUUUUCGAUCACUUUCUCGAUUGGAGGUGAAUAAUGGAGCUGUAAUGAAUCGUGACGGAGCUCGCGGCGGGGAUGAACGGGAGACCCCGCUGCACCAGCCCUGGCUCCUGGGGAAAGCUCUUUGGGAGGCUGCUGUUGGGGGAUAGGAUGGGUGAUCGUGUGUCUGCAAGGUUUUGUUAUGCAAAAAAGCCACCGUGGCUGGUGUUGAAGAUGGGUUGGGAGAGGCAGAGGGAAGUGUAUCCCCCGUGUCCCCAGGAGUCGGUGCUGGGAGAGCCCUUUGCAUGGAGCCCAGCACAGCCACUGGGAUUGAGGCAGCCCCCAGUGGGGGAGGCACUGGAGCCACCCUGACCUGCAGCAGCCCAGAGCUGUCACCCAACCUGGGGCAGAUGGAGGUGGCCAGGGAGCCCCAGGUGGCCCUCACAAGGAUCCCAGAACGCAGCUCUGUCCGUGUUUGCUGUGCCCAAAUCCAUGGCAUGGAGAAGAUGCCUCAGUGGGGACGAGCAGCACUUGGGGCUUGUGAGAGCACCAGGGCAAGGGGCUGCCCUGGCACCCCCACUUAGCCAGGGCUGAAGGGUUCUCCUGCCCUAAGGGGCACAUUUGGAGCAGCCUCAGGUAAGUUAUGUGCUUGUGACAUCCCAUCCUCACCCACAGACCUGACACUGUGGGUCAGUGGGGGCCAACUGUGCCAAGGUGGGAUGGGAAGGGAGAGCAGGGCAGAGCUGGAAGGAGUUGCUUGUAAAUAGAUUGUCUUCCAUAAUUCUCAUGCAAUGUUGAUGGCUGUGUAUUAAAAUUAACCCCAGUGUAAAUGAAUGGAAUACUAACAGUCAUGAUUAGAAUGAUUGCUUCUUUUUUUUUGUUUUUUUUUUGUUUGUUUGUUUGUUUGUUUGUUUUUAAAAAAACAUGGAAUGAUAAAUGUGAACUUGGGACAUGGGAAGACAUUGGGUUGAGGUUUCUAUUUUUUUUUUUUUGACAUUUAAUUCUGUAAUAGAAAUUUGUUACUUCAUUCCUGUGCAUAACUUAUUUAAUGUCCUGUAUAAAGGAACCCAAACUGUUACAGAUGUAUUUAGUUUGUUCUACUCAAAAGUAGUCAAUAAAAAGACUAUAUUCA